CGUCCGAGCCGAGAGGAAGAAGAAACUUGCCCGAGCUGGGACCCCCUCGAAACUCGUACACGAUAGUCAAUAAUCGCUCCUAGCCAGCAACACCUCGAGGCAUAUCCCAUCAAAUCAGUUUCAUUGAUGACAAACCAGAUCCUCAAUCAUUCUCACAUGGACCGAUCAUUCAGAUUGCAACUCGACUAGUCAUCGGGGAUUGUUAACAUUUUUUUUCUGUUUCAACAAAUUUUGAGGACUUCCGGCCACCCGGAAGAGAAUUCAAAAUGAUUCGGGUCGACGAGUCUGAUCCAGUUGGUGAAAUUGAGCCACCAUUUCCAUAUCGAGAUGUAGCAGUACGUCGUGUUGAUUUCAAGGAACAUUACGACCUCCAAACAGAACUUGGUCGAGGAAAAUUCGGAACGGUGUACCAGUGCAAAGAGAAGGAGAGUGGACUGAGAUUGGCAGCGAAAAUCGUCAACACGACGAAGAAAGAGGAUCGGAGAGAUGUCGAGAGGGAAGUGGAGAUAAUGAGAAGACUUCAGCACCCUCGGCUAAUUCAAUUAUACGAUGCUAUUGAUAAUGAGAAGAAAUUUUACGUUGUCCUGGAGUUGAUUGAGGGUGGGGAGUUGUUCGAGCGCGUCAUCGACGACGACUUCUACCUGACAGAGCGGAGUUGUGCGGUCUUCAUGAGACAGAUCUGCGAGGGAAUCGAAUUCGUACAUGCCCAGAAUGUUCUCCACUUAGACAUGAAGCCGGAGAACAUUUUGUGCUUGACGAAAGAGGGUAACAGAAUAAAAAUCAUCGACUUUGGGCUCGCCAGGGAGUAUGAUCCCAAGAAGAAGCUCCAGGUGCUGUUUGGUACACCGGAAUUUGUCUCGCCGGAGGUCGUGAAUUUCGAUGAAAUUGGAUAUGGAACAGACAUGUGGAGCAUCGGAGUCAUCUGCUAUGUUCUUCUCUCAGGGCUUUCUCCAUUCAUGGGUGACACCGAUGUCGAGACGAUGGCGAACGUAACAAUCGCGAAAUACGAUUUCGAUCACGAGGCCUUCGCCGACAUCUCGGAAGACGCCAAAGACUUCAUCAGACGUCUCCUCAUAAAGGACAAAGAAAAGCGAGCCACAGCGGCUCAAUGCCAGAGACACCGUUGGAUAACAAACCCGGGAUCAUCGGUUAUCAAGAGGUACGAGCCACCGAAGGAAAUUCAACCGGAAGUAGAAUUGGAAAUUGAUGGUAAAUCCAAAGAGACGGAGGUCAAGAAAAAGAAAAAGAAGAAGAAGAAGCCGGAGGAGAAGAAGGGGAAGAAGGAGAAGCCAGGAGAUAAAUCACCGGAGAAAACCGAAAAAUCAGUAGACAAAUUCAUAGAAAAAUCAAUAGAAAAUUCAAUAGAAAAUUCAAUAGAAAAAUCAAUAGAAAAAUCAACAGAAAAGUUAAUGGAAAAACCAACGGAGAAAACACCCCCAUCCUUGGACGUGACGAAGGACAACCUGAGACAGUUUGUGGAGCGCUGGAGAGAGCAUCCGAACAGUCCAUACAUGCUGGAGGACACCCUGGAGUCUGUAUCAUCAAUCCACAGAGCGGAAUCUACGUCCCUCGGUGGGCAGAGUCCCUCACCCCCUCAGAGCAUCUGCAGCAGUUCCUCAGAGGUGUCAGACACCCCUCGAACCACUGCCCAACUGAAUAUUCCAUCCCUCGGUUUCGAAAGACGCGCAUCGGAGGGAAAUUCCAAGGCGUCCAACGCCCGCGAUCCAGCUGGCCAAAUUGUCCUCGCCGAGGAGAUAAUAAAACUAUCCGAACACCUGCGUUCAAUCGCGGCAUCAUCAUCCAGUCAGAGGGAUGAGGAAGUUAAAACGCGGUUAGUUGGUGAUAAAAUAAGGCGAGUGCCAUCCCUGAAGAUGGAAACGGUUGCGGAGAGAACGUCGAGCUUCCGAGAAAAAAAAAUGAGGGAAAGCAGCGUUGAUGGGCGCAUCGAUUCUAGAGUACAGGGUAGAGAUAGAAAUAGUGAAGUUAAUGAGAUUUCUGAGAAACUGUCGACGAUAAAGCGCCAGAGAAAAUUGAAUGGCACGACUUUUAAUGGUAAUAGGCAGUACCAGAGGCAGGAGAACAAUUCAGGGACGUUCACCCUGAAGCGAUCAUCUUCGAGGCUGAAUGAGGCGUUCAUCAGUGGGGAUAGCAUCAAGAAUGAGGAGGAGAGCUUGAGUACCAGUUGGAGGGCCAAAAUGAGGGAUCAAUUGUCAGUUUGUCAGGGUAGGGAGGUGGGUAAUGGGGAUAUUGAUUUGACACCACCCUGGAGAAAGCCCAGGAUCAAAAGAAGAUUUGGGGAGACCUGUAGGGAUGUCCCGAGGAUUUCUAAUCUACGCGAUCUUCACAAGAGCAUUGACUUCGAUGAACCCACCAGCACCAAGGAUUUACUCCUGCAACUCCUGGGGGAGUGGGAGGAGAGACCUGGAGGCGACAGGGGAAGGAAGAGCAUCAGUGUCGAUUGGGCUGAGGACUCGGUUGCCAGGAGGUCCAUGAAUUCUUUGGCUCAGUAUUUUCAGUCUGAGCAGAAGAAGUCGGUUAAGACUGCUGUCUCAUCUAUACAGCGUUGAUGGACUUUUUGGAGAUUUUCAGGGGAAUUCAAUCGUUUAUUUCUACUUUGGCUCCAGUCGAUGGGCCAAGAGAUCUGUACUGUGUUGGGGGGUUUGAAGUAGAUUAGGCUAAGGAUUUCGUUCAUUGGAGUUGUCGUUUCAAUUCCAGCAAGAGGCCUAGUGCUGGUCAACUCCAGGAGCACCGGUGGCUCGUUGGUGCUCUCGAGAAUCCCAUCUCCAAGGUCAGACUCAAGAGGUAUGU